AUGACGAAACGCACGGGAACCACUCAUAUGAAUCUGGACUGCCUGACUAAAAGAGAUACAGAAACUCUUCAGUACGUGCAGCGUCGAGCCUACCAACUUGAUUUCGCCCUGUUCAACGUCUGCGGUAUUCACUUUGGCUGGGGCAGUGUUAUUGGUAUCAUACCAAUAAUUGGUGAUACUGCGGACGCCAUACUCGCGUUACUGCUUGUUUGGAAGUGCGGGGAUAUCGACGAGGGACUCCCACGCGCACGACGUAUGAAGAUGGUGAUGAAUGUGAUUUUCGAUUUCACCGUUGGCUUGAUACCGUUGAUCGGCGAUUUGGGAGAUGCGGCAUUCAAAUGUAAUGCUCGCAAUGUGGCCAGCUUAGAGCAAUAUCUGUGCGAAAGGAUUUCGGACCGCCAAGAGAGGUUUCACCUUGAUUCUUGCUGA